GAUAGAUAGAUAGAUAGAUAGAUAGAUAGAUAGAUAGAUAGAUAGAAGAUGGAUGGAUCAACAGGCUGUGAUUGGCUAGUUUUUAAUCACGUGGUUCCACGUCCGCUUGUUGCUCGGAAGUCAUGACAACGAACUUUGAAAGUUAGAUGGAUGGCAACAGUGAAGAAAAUUGCCUCUGAAAUCCACCAGAAGUGUCUGAAAUGCACCGUGUACCUGGACAUUUUGAAAGUUACGUGUCCAGAAGUGCUUCUGCAUAAGAAGAAUGACAUCUACCUCAGUGUGCGGAUCAUGGGCCAGUACAGGAAGACUCUGUGUUUACCUCCAAUCUUCCCGUUACGGUUUCACCACAAAAUGGUUUUUGUCAAGACUUUCUCGGGUGUUGUUGACCCUGCUGAUGUUGCUGACCUCCUCGAAGCUGACACAACAGUUUUUGAGCUGAUUCAGUUGGUCCCUCCAGAGGGUGAAAUCUUGGCCACGAUGGAGAAAAACAGCAGAGAUUUCCUGUACCCUGACCCCACAAUGUUUGACCGAGGGAGAGAUGCAGAGCGAGAAAUCUUGAUGAAAAGAUCACCCACCUUUCCUGGAAUUUCCCCUAAAGUGGAGUUUGCCACAACAUCGGUCAUAGAGGAGAGUGAUGGGAGAGGGAGUUGGGCUGCUUCACCUACUUGUUGUCUUUCCCCAGUGAAGCCGUCUUUAAGCUCCUCUCAGCAACGCUCGGCAAAACAGUCUUCAUCAAACGGUGGACGCCUUCCCAAGAACUGCACCGGACGGAAGGACAUGAGGGAGAAGCUUCAUGUGGAGACCAACGUCUCAAACUCUGCAGUGAUGUCAUCAACAUCCAGGCGUUCUUCUCCCUUUGCACCGCCGCCUGGCUGCGGUCCUCAAAAGAGCGAGAAGGACAAAAGACAUGUCAGUGCUGGGUACCAACAGCCCACAGUGUCCUCCAGGACCCGAGCCCUGUCCCCCUACACGCACCGCAAAAUGUGCCAGCUCUCCGAGGACUCCAGGCAAAGACUCAGCCACCUCCAGCUGGGGCCUCACCGCUUCAGGAAGGAAACACAGAUCCAGACGCCUUUCCUGGUCUCUGGCUGCAGUAAUACCUCUGCCAUGGGAACACCUUCCUCCGUGUUAAACAGCAGCAUGCGGAGACGCUCCGUCACGUUUGCAGACGGUCUCACGGAUUCUUCUCUCCUUGGAAGUUAUAGACCAAAAACAGUACAAGUGGAAUCAGCUUCAGUGAGGGUCCAGUCGCCUCCUGGGACCUCGUCUAGACACGAACCACAGAUCAGAAGCCCUGCGAGAGGUUCCUCCUCAGUUCAGUCCAGCUCGGCUGGGUCAGACUCCAGGAGCCAUUCCCUCAGAGACAGAUUUCAGACGGGUCCGUCCGACUGGGAGCAGAUCCAUGACAGAGUCCAGAGAAUCCUGCAGACACACAAAACCACCUGGAACCACUGAGUGCGCUGACCUCAGGUUUCUGUCAUAAAGGCAGUCAUUUUGAAAACACAGUUGUGUUUGGUCACAUUUAUCAAAGUGUUUAAUUCUGAUACUCUUGAGUCAUUUCUGUUCUAAGAAUCGACUCUUGCUGAAUGACAU